AUCAAACGAAUGUCAAAACUUUAAUUUGUCAAAAUUAAUUAAUUUAAUUCGACCAUGUCUUUUAAAAAUCAUAAACAGAAAUUUUUUUAAAUAAGUUAUUCAAAAAUUCUCCCAAAAUUAAAAAGGGAAAUGGUCAAAGUCUUUUUCCACAUGAAGCGAAGGAGAGUAAGCAAAUUUACUGAACCAGAAGUGUCCUUUUCUGAAAAAUAUUCCAGCAAGUUAGCCAAACCUUUUGAAAAUUCAGACUCGAUAAUUGUUGCUGGGAAGUUGCAAAAAUUAUCUUAUGGGUUACACAUCAGGAUCGCCAAAGAUUCCAGUGAUCCGAACCCGAUCCUAGAUCUCUUCCUAGGCUCGUAUACACCCCCUCGGGCAAGUGAUACGGAUGUGACUCCAGAUCCGAACCCGACACAUUCCCUUUACUUUUUGAACCGCAACGAAUACUUUCUUAUCCAAAUCACUGCUACGCCAGCGCUUUUUGAAAUUGAAAUCAACGGUCGACCUUACGUACUGGAACGGGAACAUUCUGAAGAUAGUGCUCAGUUUCUAAAAAUAGGCGGCUCAAUUGCAUUUUUGACGCAGGUUCAACACCGAGCAGCGAAUCCUGUUGAAUGGCCACUUUGGCAGAGUUCGAAUGUGGUGCGAAGUGAAAACUAUUUCCUCAGUGACUUUCCAGUGCAAAUGCAAGCUGGCCAGGUCGUUGUUAUUACUGCCUUACCAUACGGCAUCUCCGGUGGAAGUUUAGAAAUAUGUUUGACACAAGAUGCCCACCCAGUACCGGCAUUGAAACUUUGUGCGGAAUUUGGUGAACCGCAAUCGGUUACGUUGAUGGGAAUGGAUAGUGAGCAGGAGUUGCAAGAAGAACAAAGAAGAGACAGUCCAUUCCCUUUUCAAAUAAACAGAAAAUUUCGUCUAGCGAUCGGUUUCACUCUCCAGUGUUUUGUUUUGGCAAUAAACGGUAACAACUAUGCGUCGUUUCGAUAUCGAACAUCAAACUUACCGUCAUCCCUCAAUGGUUACUAUAUGCGAACAACUGAACCAUUAAAAGUUAAAAUCAUCUCAACAGAUCAUGUGAAUAGUGGAAGUGACAGCUGUGACGGAUUCGAAGGAUUCUCAGAUUUUAGCCACUCAGUUGAUUGAAUGAAUUUUACUUUGCAUAUCUUUUAAUAAUUUAAAACAGAAUAAAGUUGGACACAUUUUUGGAA